CCAAAUUUAUUUCCUUAGAUAGUGAAGACGUAAAAAAAAAGCGCAUUGGAACGGGCUUGGUUGAAGGCCCAACCCUAGACGUUGAUAAAAUGUUAGGGCAACGCAACAACGGCGAGUGAGGCUAGGAGAAGAAGAAUGGCGAUUGAGAAAGUAAAGCGAAAACGAAGUGCGACUGAAAAUAAUGAUGAUAGAAGUGAAAAGAAAAAGACGACGGUAUCAUCAUCAUCGAAGGAGGGAGCUGGUGAGCAAUUACGUUUUUUCGUUGAUCAAUUUCAGGAGGCCAACCACUGUCAACUUUCUUCCAUUGAGUUAGAGUCCUUCAAAGAUACAUCCAUAUUAGAGCUAUCUCAUUCUCAAGACACAGACACAGAUAACGAUGUCAAAAUGUUGGGUGAUGAUAUCAAAGCGGCAUUUGGGAAAUCAUGGAAAGAGGUGCUUUGUGAAGGAGACCUCUUACAAGGCAAAAUCCCUGCUGGUAGCCCCUCAGUUGUUAUUCUCUCUUCCUCUGCUUUAAGAUCCAUACACCUUUUAAAGGGCUUUCGUUCCUUCACUAAACAAUGUAGCGCUGUCAAGUUAUUCUCUAAGCACAUCAAACUCCAAGAACAGACUUCCUUGUUGAAAAACCGAGUUAACAUUGCUAGCGGCACACCAAGCAGGAUAAAGAAGCUCAUUGACAUGGAGGCUUUAGGCCUUUCAAGGUUAAAAGUACUUGUGCUUGACAUGCAUCCUGAUGUGAAGGGCUAUUCCUUGCUUACCCUUCCACAAGUCAGAGAUGAAUUCUGGGACCUGUUCAAGAAUUAUUUUUAUCAACCAAUGAUCCAGGGUGAUCUGCGCAUCUGUCUCUAUGGUCCAUACCAGUCAGCAGUCCGUCUAAAAGGAAAAAAAAGACUUCCAGUUGCUGAUAAAUAAUGUGUUAUUAGUCAUUAAUCAUACUUGUCUCGUGGCUUGUAUUACAACAUCUGUUAUUAUGAUUCCAUUAUCUUUAAAUGACCAUCACUAUUACCUUUGUCCAUAAAGUGGAAAUGUAUUGCCUAAAACAGUGAGUAUGUUAUUAUUUUUUAUUGGCUUUAAACAGACCAUAUUUACUUUAGAGACAGUAUCACAAUAUUACUUCAAUGAAGUUAUAAAACUUUUAACAUGCAUUAUAGCCUAA